GCCAAUCAGCGUCCGCCCAUGGUGUUCUCUUACUGACGUGUCGGGUUUAGUUCAGGGGAAAAACACGGGUCUGCUUUUGAUGCUGUUCCUUUAACCGCCAGACACCAACAGGUAGAAAAAUGGCAGAACCCAGCAAGCAGGACAUUUCUGUUAUUUUCAAGCGACUUCGUUCCAUCCCUACGAAUAAGGUUUGCUUUGACUGCGCAGCUAAGAACCCCAGCUGGGCCAGCAUCACCCAUGGGGUUUUUGUCUGUAUAGAUUGUUCUGGGACUCACAGGUCUCUGGGAGUGCACCUUUCAUUUAUUAGGUCCACCGAGCUGGAUUUUAAUUGGUCGUGGUUCCAGCUAAGAUGUAUGCAAGUUGGAGGCAACGCCAGCGCAAUUGCGUUUUUCAGUCAACAUGGCUGCAGAGCCAAUGCCGCCAAUGCCAAGUACAACAGCCGGGCUGCACAGCUGUACAGAGAGAAGAUAAAGACUUUAGCCACACAAGCAACCAGACGCCAUGGCACUGAGCUGUGGCUGGACAGUCAGGCUCCUCUGUCUCCAACAUCCCCAGACGACAAGCAGGUGGAUUUCUUCAGUCAGCAUACACAGGCUGUUCCUGAAAAUCUGAACAUGGCCAAAAUGAGUCUGAGCCCCUCCGCAUCAGAGAAGCUUUCAGAGCCAGAAAAAGAUGAAGACCGUAAUGGUAAUUCAGAGGAGGGUCCCAAUGUGGAAAUGCUCAGUGUUUCACCAAAAGCAAACCCAGAGCCCUCUUCUCUUCUUAAGAAGAAGCCAGCAGGUGCCAAGAAAACACUGGCCUCAAAGAAGGGCGGUCUGGGCGCUCAGAAGGUUAGCAGCCAGAGCUUCUCGGAGCUCGAGAAGAAGGCGCAGGCUGCUGACAAAAUCAGAGAGAAAGAGGAGAGCUUUGCUGGUGCCAAGAAGAACGUUACAACUGAGGAGUCCAUUGCUCCAUCCAUGCGGCUGGCCUACAAAGAUUUUGAGCAGCAGAGGAAAAUCGAAGAGCAGAAGCUGAAAGGACUAGAGGGGAAAAAGAAGGAACAGGCUGAGAGACUGGGCAUGGGUCUGGGCAUGAGGAGUGGAGUUUCUCACUCUGUGAUGUCAGACAUGCACACCAUCCAGCAGGACAAUCCAAUUGGAGCAAAGACCACCAAAGGACGGCGAUUUAUUGAUGAAGAUGACGAUGAAGGGUCCUUCAGCUCUAGGGUUCUGACUCGCUUUGAGGACCAAAGUGAAACCUCAGACAGUUUCUCUUCACGGUGGGGCGAUGGAGAUGAUGGAAGAGGCUGGAUGAAAGAGAGCAAGAAACCAGAGCCAGACUUUUUCUUGUCCUCCACUAUAACUUCAUUUGAUGACAGGCCCACAACCAGAAGGAAACCAGAAACAGCAGCGCUCUCAGACACGGGAGAAGCUCGGAAAAAGUUUGGAGAUGAUGUAAAAGCCAUCUCGUCUGAUAUGUACUUUGGAAAACAAGACAACUCUGAGUAUGAAGCCAAAACCCGACUGGAGAGAUUUUCUGCGAGUGCAUCCAUAAGUUCAGCCGAUCUGUUUGAUGAUCCAAAGAAGCAGACUGCGAGUUCAUACCGUCUGAGCAACGUACUGCCCAGCGCUCCCGACAUGUCGCAGCUCAAACAUGGAGUGCGCUCAGUUGCAGGAAAACUUUCAGUCAUGGCCAGCGGUGUAGUUAGCUCGAUUCAGGAUCACUACAGUUCCUAAGUGAACAUGUCGGAUUCACCGUCCAUAGGUAUCUUCUGUUUGCCAGUUAGAUGACCUUUCUAGUGGGUGCUCAUCGUGGGAGAGUUGGGAGGAAAAUAUAAAUCAAUGCUAUGAGCAAGUCUGCAGAAUGUACUUGUAUAUUGUAUAUCUAUAUCUAGUUUUUUAUUAGAUGAUGUAUAUACAUAGUCGUAGUCUUUGGGAUCAAAUCAAGAUGAGCAGAGCACAAUAUUUUUCGGUGGAAUUAUUUUCCCCCUGCAAACACCUUGAAGGAAGAUAUUUGUGUAUAUACAGCUGUGAAGAAUAUUCAGCCUGCAUUAUGUUAAGUUUGCUUUGAGCUUCGGGGUUUUACAUAUAUAGAAAUGCUGUAUGUAGCAGUCUGAGGAGUUAGGAGGGCUAUCCAUUUGAUUCCUUUACCUCCGUAAGUACUUAAUUCAGUAACUCACUCAUCACGUGCACUUUGUAGUGUUGUUUUUGUGCUUUUUGUUUUUUUGUGCCCCUUCAUGCAGGGUUGAAAGUGUCCUUUCUGUCCCCAAAGUGCACUUACAUUUGCUCUUCCAAAGGCAGGACCAAAAGCUGAUUUAAAACAGAGGCCUUGGGGCAACAGAUAUACUUUUAGUAAGAGUACUGUAAGUUAUGUAAACUGAUGCGUCACUAGCACAUAAGUGUCAUUAUCCUGUGAGUCGCAAUUUGUUGUUGUUGUUGUUGUUGUUUUGGAAGUCAUGCAGAAAUGCUUAUAAAAAAGGAAUGUGAUAUGUCAAAGUUUUAAGGAGUAAAAAAACAAUUAUUAUAAGAUAUAAAUAUUUCUUUAAAACAACAAAUGAGCUUCGUAAAAGCUCCAGUUGCAUAGAAUUAGAUGCUAUGAAGAAUUCAGUCAUCAUUUUAAGAAGUAAUUUUUGUUAGAUUAUUGUUUUUUUUUUUUAUGUUCUUGAAAUAAAUGCCUAAUCAUCUUGGUAAAUCUCUAAAUUGUACACUUAGUAUGACCCUUGGAUCGCCUCUAUAAAACUUGAAGGAUUUUUUGA